GAGUGCAAGCUUGAGGAGGGAUGUAUGUGGAGUGGUGAAGGAGAAAAGAGGCACCUACCUAGGCAGACAUAUCAACCAAAUCAACCCUGGUGAUCAGUGGAAUGACUUAUGUCAUACCCAGGACUCUCUGUACAGUCUUCCAGUGGGGCUACUCCAGUUUGCAUUCUCACCAGCAGUGUAGCAGAGUUCCCUUUUAUCCACAACCUCUCCAGCACCUGUCAUUUCCUGGUUUGUUGAUGGAAGCCAUUCUUUCAGCCACCAAGUUGCAGAUGCUACCACAACGGCAACCUGAACACUCUAGGCAGAUGACCUCAUCCAUGUACCCUUGAACCCCACCUCUCCAGAGCCCUGCCCCACUCGGAAAAGAUAGGAACAAGCUGGGAGUAUGGAUUAACCUGUCAACACCCAUAUUCAGUGUGGAAGCAAUUAAAGAAGCCAGACCCUCCACCUUCUGUACCCCAAAAUGAUCCUGGGUCCAUGCUUCCAGAGGGAUAGGGAAGCUUUCAAUGGGGGGGAGAGUGGUAUAUGGAGCUCUGGUGGUGUGAAUUGUGUGGAAUUGUACCCCUCUUAACCUAAGGUCUUGUCCAUCAUUAUUAAAUCAAUAAUAAUAAUAAAUAAAGUACAAAUGAAAGUCAGUGAGGAAUUCAUUACAGAAAAUUUGUUCCUGUGGUCCAGGAGGUGGCACAAUGGAUAAAGC